AUGGGAAUCAAAUUAGCAAUCGUUGUUUCGACAAUAAUGGGAUUAUUAUGUGCAUUUAAGAUAUUUUAAUACUUGAGUGUUCCAUCAUAUUAAUCAAUUAUACACAUAAGCAGAGAUCAUGAUAUUAAAAUAUAUAGAGAUAAAUAUGGUGUACCUCAUAUUCAAGCUCAUACAUUAUCAGAUGCUUUAUAUGCUUAAGGAUUUGUUUAAGCUUAAGAUAGAUUAUGGCAAUUACAUAUAAGAAAAAUGGCAUCUUAAGGUAGAUUAUCUGAGAUUUUUGGGGAAAGAACUUUGAAAAUUGAUUAAUAUUUUAGAAGUAUAGAUUAUAUGGAUUCAGCUAGAAGAAUAGUAAAUUAAUUAAGUUCUGAAGGUUUAAAUUUAUUCUAAUCCUAUGUUGAUGGUAUUAAUAAAGGAAGAAGUACAUUUACGCUUUUGCCUAUAGAAUUUUAAUUAACACGUUCAGAUUUUAUUGAAUGGGAAAUAUUUGAUGUAAUAUGUUUCAUUAAAUUUAUGGCAUUAACAACAAUUAAUGAUUUUCAUUCUGAAAUGAUGAGAUCAUCCAUAAAAGAAUUUGAUUUAGAAACAAUAAAAUAUUUAACAGGAAUAGGACCAGAAAAUUUAUAUGAUAUUGAAACUACAACAAUUAAUGAAUAAGAGUUGAAAGAAUAAACAAAAUUACAUAGUGAUAAAUUUUAAGAUUUAAAUAUAUCAUCAAAUAUAAAAGCAGCAGAUUUAAUGCAAUCAUAUGAAUUUUUGAUUGAAAAUAUUAUUCCUUUAAGUAUAGGAAGUAAUAGUUGGGCAGUUCAUGGUAACUUUACUAAAACAGGUUAUCCAUUUUUAGCAUCGGAUCCCCAUUUAGAAAAUGGAUUACCAUCUUAAUGGUAUUAAAGUUCAACAACAUUUCCAAAUGGAGAAUUUAUGGCUGGUGGAGCUAUUGUAGGAUUACCAUAUAUAUUAUCAGGUAGAACAAAACAUCUUGCAUGGGGAAUUACAAUCUCUUAUGCUGAUUCUAGUGAUUUAUAUGAAGAAUAACUAAAAGAAAUUGAUGGGAAAAUGCAUUACUUAUUUAAAGAAGAGUGGUUACCUACUAUAGAAAAAGUUGAACUUAUUCAUUAUGGUGAUAAAACAUAUUAAAUGAAAAUUCAUAGAACACAUCAUGGACCAAUUUUAAAUUUCUAUUUUGAUGAUAGGGGAACUAAAACUAUUACUUAACCAGAUAAAACUUAUUCUUUAAGAUCUUUGAUAGAUAUUGAUGAUAAAUUUGGACCAGAGUAUUAUAAAUCAUUUUUAUUUUAGAGUUAUGUUACAAUUUAUAUAAGGAACAGAUUUAGCUGAAUAAUUAAAGAUUCUUAAAAAAGUUAUAUAUCCAGGUUUGGGAAUGAUAUUUGCUUCAUAAAAAGACAUAGCAUAUAUGGUAGUUGGAAAAUAAAUAAUUAAAUCAGGAAAUCCAGAUGAUUUUGGAUUUAUUAAAAAUGGUUGGAAUGGAUAAUCAGAAUGGCUAGGAUUUAUAUCUGAAGAUGAACAUCCUAUCAUAAUAAAUCCUCCAAAAGGAUUUGUUGCUACUGCUAAUAAUAGAUUUUUCCCUAUGAAUGAAAAAUAUCAUACUAAUUGGAAUAUAAAUCCUACUGGGAGAGCUCAUAGAAUUUAUUAAUUUUUAAAUCAAAUUGUACCUAAUAAGGUUUCUUUUGAAUAAAUGAAAUAAUUAUAAUUAGAUACAGUUGAUAGUUAUGCAAAAUAAAGUUGGCCAUCUUUAAGAAAAUUAAUUUAAUCAGAUUAUUUUAAAUAAUAUAUUGAUUCUUGGGAUUUUAAUUUAAAUAUAGAAUCAAAAUAAGCUACUCUUUAUAUGUUAUUUGAACAUUAUUAUUGUUUAAGUUUUAAGAAUUUACCACCAAGAUGGUCAUAAACAUAUAACUUUGAUUCAUUUUUUUUCUUAGAAUUAACAAGGUUUAAUGAAAAUGGAAAAUGGUGUCUACCUUUAACAUGUUCAUAGAUUUUAAAUAAUGCAGUAGAAUAAGCUGUAAAACAUUUUGAACAAUUACCUCAAAAAGAAUGGGGAAAUUGUCAUAAAAAAUUCUAAGGACAUUCUACAUUUAAAGAUAAGUUCUUUGGUAUUUUUGAUAGAGAAAUACCAUUUGGAGGAAAUAGAAGGUAAUUUAAUUAAUUUUUAAUAUAGAACCCCUUCUGUAUCAACUUUAGACAUAUCUAAAUUUCCAUUUAGAGGUUAUGCUGGUGCUAAUUAUAGAAUGCUUAUUUCUAUGGCUCCUGGUGAAGUUGGAUAAUUUAUUGUAGAUGGUGGUGUUAGUGGAAAUCCUCUAUCAGAACAUUAUGAUAAUUAAUUAUCAUUAUAUGCAGAUGGAAAAUAUAUAUCUAUGUAUCAGAAAUAAUUUGAAAAAUUAACUUUGCUCAAAAGGGUUGAUUAGAGAGAUGAAUUGUGA